CAAGAAUUAAUUUACAGCUUUGGGCCUGGAAGCUCUCGGUCUGGCAAUUAUCCAAGGAUUGAUAAGAUCUGUUAUUGCAAUUAACCUUUGGAAGGAUUAUUGCCUGGAGUUUUCUGUGUGUGAAUGUCAUGAAUUCACAGAAGCUAAAUAAAGAGGGGGUUUUCAGGACAAGGAGUCUGUUUCUUGGUUCUGCUAAGGCUGGGUCAGAACACAACCUAAUAUGCCAUAAUUCUUUUUUUCUAAUGAAAACAGAUAUUUAUUGCCACCACCCAUGCUGACAUCUUUAAUGAAGAGCUGCCAGGAUAAGAAUUGGCUUGGCAGGUCAAUUAAGCAAUUCCUGGAAAGACACUAGUGCUCCGCAGAUAUAUACACCUUUUUCUGACUUCUUUUCCUUUGCUUGAAACUGAGGUUUAUCCUGAGCAUCUCAUGAAAGACUGAUUUGUAAUCUCCCCUGCUCAGCUGUCCUGUGAGAAGUGAAGAACAAUGGCUUCACCAGAGGAAAAAGAAAAUAUUAAAAUAUUAUUUCAGCAUCAACAUUCAUUUAUGGUUACAAAGAUAAUAUUUACUUCCUGUGAAUUUGGAAUAUUUGACUUGCUGAGAGAGUCAGGUAAAUCUCUCUCCUCAGCGAUUAUUGCUGAACGUUUAAAUGCCAGUCUCACUGGAAUGGAGAUGCUGCUGAACUGUUGUGUAACUUUAAAUCUUCUGAAAAUGGAACGAAAGGACAACAGAGGUCUUUAUGAAAAUACAGAAUUUGCCAAUCUCUACCUGGCAAAAUCAAGUCCAAAAUCUCAAUAUUAUGCCCUGAAGUUUUUCUCUGAUUUUAUCUACCCAGGAAUGAAAUACUUGCCUGAUGCAGUGAGGGAAGGAAAGAAUCAGAUUUCAUCAAUAACUGGAGUUUCCUCAAACAAUUUAUUUGAGGCUUUUUACCGGUCAGAAGAAAACAUUGAAGUCUUUUUCAGGUAUAUGAAUGAGGCUUGGAGUUUGCAUGGAAGAGAAGUACUGACUGCAUUUGAUCUUUCUGAAUUUGAAUUCAUUUAUGAUAUAGGUGGAAGCUGUGGUGCCUUAUCUAAGGAACUGAUUGCAAUCUAUCCAAAUUGUGCUGUGACCCUUUUUGACCUUCCUGAAGUAGUGGAAACAUCAAAGAAGUUUCAUGGCUUCUCAGAAGCAUCGCGGAUUACUUUGCAUGGAGGGGAUUUUUUAAAAGAUCCAAUUCCUGAAGCAGAUUUGUACAUUUUUGCCAGGAUCCUGUUUACUUGGAAUGAUGAAAAGUGCCUGCAGUUGCUAAACAAAGUGUUUAAUGUCUGUAAGCCUGGUGGUGGAGUAUUAAUUGUGGAACCAACAUUAGAUAAAGACAAGACUCUGCCUUUUCCUAUUGCCAUGUACUCCCUCAUAGUGCUGCUUAAUACUGAAGGAAAAGUACGGACCCCAUCAGAGUAUCAUUCAUUCCUCAGCUCAGCUGGCUUCAAAGAUAUACAGCUAAAGAAAGGAAAUCUAUUUGAUGUCAUUUUGGCCAGAAAAUAAUGUUGCUAAAGUUGCUUCAUGCCUGCCAAGUGUUGAAAGAAAAUUAUUUCAAUGUACUGUACAGUAUCUACUGACUUUGAUUAUACAGUGAUAUGACUGUAUAAUCUCACCUUGCCUGAAGUUAUCAAAGUACAAUUGGAGAUCCCUGUCUUAGAUGAUAUAUCUGGAAAUUCAUAUAUAUCUCUAUCUCUAUCUCUAUCUCUAUCUCUAUCUCUAUCUCUAUCUCUAUCUCUAUCUAUCUAUCUAUCUAUCUAUCUAUCUAUCUAUCUAUCUAUCUAUCUAUCUAUCUAUCUAUCUAUCUAUGAUUACUAAGUAUAUACUUAACAAAGUUUUGUUAGAAUUUGGAUUUGGAAAAAGAACAGCAAAAAAAGGCUAUGCACUCUAUUAUUAUCUUAAUUUCCAAGUUUUUAGAGACAGCUAAAACUGAAUUUAUGGUACAAAUGCUGGCUAAAACUAUUUGUGUCUAACCAUGAAAUACCAUAAUAAGAAUAAAAAAUAAGUCAAUUUA